CAUCAAACAACAUGGAAGGUCCAGUUAAAACAUUCAAGAUCCCAGAAAAAGUACGAAAGAAAAUUGAUUAUGAAAGACUACUAAGAAUGCCAAAGCAUAAACCUCAGAGAUCUAAGUAUGAUAAAAACAGUUUAGUGACAGUUAAAACGGUAAACGUGCAGACCAAAGAGGAUAAUUUUAACCUAUUCGAUAUGCCUUGGAUCUCUAAUCUCCGAGUCAUGGACAAAGCAGAGGAAGUAAAACUCCAAAAGAAGGUCAGCAAAGAGUCCACCGUCCCCGCUCCUCCAAGUUUCUAUGAUGAUGACCUCCAGAAAUGAACUCAAAAAACAAAGUUGGCUUCUAAGAAAAAUGAGGUGCCGAGUAAAUACAAAUAAUGUGGACUUUGAAAUGAAUGGAAAUCCUAAUGAAUUAGGGCAUAUUAUUAAGCACAAUACAGGAGGAUCUCCCACAAGGUCUCAGAUCAAUUUUGGGUUUGGUUUGAGGAAAUAUAAGAGCUCUACUAAUUUCCAAAGCCCUCAACCAUGGAAAUUCCCUGGUAUUAAAGGUGCAAAAGAAGCUAUUGCUAAUGAUACAAUUGGUUUUGUUUCCCCUAUUAAGGCAUCUAGAACUGACAGAGGAGGGAGUACUAAAUAAAUUUAUGAAGAAUAUAUACAGCGAUAAAUUCCCUCAAAGAAAUGCGAAUGCAAUCAGGCAUAUGUUUGGACAAACUUCCCAAGUAGGCUCCAUCAAAUGGGAGUCAGGCCUCAGGUGGAAUUCUGACAAACAUACCUAUAAAAAUUAAAUAGAAGAUAACUCAUAGAAUAGCUACGCUAAAAUAUUUUAGUUGUAAUUAUUAUCCUGGCAGAUAUAUGC